UGGAGACCUGGAUUUGAACCAGAGGAACUGUGGGGGCUGGACCCCACUCAUGUACGCUUCCUACAUCGGCCACGACAACAUCGUGCACCUGCUGCUGGAAGCGGGAGUGAACGUGAACAUCCCCACCCCAGAAGGGCAGACUCCCCUCAUGCUGGCCUCCAGCUGUGGCAAUGAGAGUGUGGCUUACUUCCUCCUCCAGCAAGGGGCAGAGCUGGAGAUGAAGGACAUCCAUGGCUGGACUGCCUUGUUCCACUGCACCAGUGCUGGGCACCAGCAGAUGGUCAAGUUCUUACUGGAGAAUGGAGCAAAUGCCAACUGCAAGGAGCCAGUGUAUGGGUACACACCUCUGAUGGAAGCAGCUGCUUCUGGCCAUGAGAUCAUUGUUCAGUACCUUCUCAAUCAUGGAGUGAAGGCAGAUGUCAGAGAUAACACUGGAGCCACAGCACGGACCCUGGCCAUGAAGUAUGGCCACACCAAGAUUGUGGGGCUGAUAGAUCUGCACGCAGCCCCAGUGCCCAAGGUCUUCUGCAGAGGUCCAGGCAACUAUGAGGAGCUGAGUUCUUCAGAUGAAUCAUGUUCUGCUCCCCAGAGACAGAGACCUGCUCGUAGGACCAAGGGUCCCAGCAUCCAUGAAGGGCCCCAGGCCUUGGCCAAGAUCACAGCAAUUGGCCUUGGGGGAAGGAAGCAGUCUUGCUAUGAGCAGGUGCCCCCUCAGGGCUAUGUCACCUUCAGCAACGAUGGCAGCUGUGUGCCAGGUGUCAUCCGGCACAGGGACGUCACCUCCCCGAUCAACGAGCUGGACGUGGACAGCAGCAGCAGCAGGGAGGAUAGUGCUUUGUCCAGCAACAGCUUGGGAACUGUCAGAAGCAGCAGCAGCAGCAGUGAAUGCCUGAUUAGAAUCCCAGGAGUCAGCAGUGAAGGCUCUUUGGAAAGCAAUGAGGACUCUGACCACACCAACAGCCCCCCGAGUCGGAAACAAGCCAAGAGCUUCAAGGGCAAGGCCCGCUACAGCAACAGUGACAGCCAGGGGAGCCACUGCCUGGGGAAGGCUGGGGGCUGCUGCCAGCACCUGGUCCUUCCUGAGCCCCCAGCCUACACAGGGCCCCAGGACCUGGCAACAUUCCUUGAGGAGAUUGGGUGCCUGAAGUACCUGCAGGUGUUUGAGGAGCAGGACGUGGAUCUCAGGAUCUUCCUGACCCUCACAGAGAGUGACCUGAAGGAAAUUGGCAUCACGCUGUUUGGCCCCAAGAGGAAGAUGACGUCGGCCAUCGCGCGCUGGCACAGCAGCGCCCGCCCGCCCAGCGACGCGCUGGAGUUGGCCUACGCCGACCGGCUGGAGGCAGAGAUGCAGGAGUUGGCCAUCCAGCUGCACAAGAGGUGUGAAGAGGUGCAGGUGAUGAAGGGCCAGGUGUGCCAGGAGCAGAAGCUGCGGGCAGUGGCUGAGAGCUGCUUGAUGGAGCGGGAUGAGACCUGGAAUGCCAUCCAGUGCCAGCUCAGAGAGGCUCAGGCCAUCACCACAGAUGCUGGAGUCCUGCUGGAUCAGAUCAAUGCUGGAAGGGUGGCCGCCUUCCCUGAAGUCCCUGAGCUUGCCUGAGCUGUCAGCUGUGCUGGAGGAGUGUGUGGGAGAGAUGGGAAAAGCUCUGCAGACUGUGACUCAAAACCUCCAAAGGCUCCAAGCCCUGGGGCAGAGCGGGCAGAGCUGGCCAAAGCCAUAACCGAGCCAGGAGGGGAUUCUGACGUCGGGUGACCGUUCCACCCGGAAGCUGAGCGUGCCUGGGAGAGGGAGCAGGGGCCGUGCCGGCAGCACCGCGGCUCUGCCGAGGGCCCCGCGGCCUGCAGGGCACCAGGAGGCCGUGGCCACCUGAGAACACAGCUGGGAGGACGAGGGACAGCAGAGGACAACAGCCAGCUGCUCUUGGGGCCUGUCUCAAGGCUCCCAGGAUCUCUGUUUGAAAGGUUUAGGUUUGGAGGAGAAGCUCCAAGCCUAGUUUUGUUUGCCUUAAGCUUCCCACAGCCCUUGUUGUUCAGGUCUGGGUGCUGGUAGAAAGGUGACAGUUGCACACAGCAAUCAAUUUAUUUUCCUUUUCUGUAUCCCAAGCUCCCCAGGGCCUCUGAAACGUGUCCUUGGCUCCUCCUGUGCCAUGGGGAUUGGCCCACAGAAUGGAUCUGAGGCCAUAAAAAAGGCAGUUUGUUGUGGAGGGGUGAAGGGAGUGGAGUUUGUGAUGUUUGGCUCUUUGAGCUGCAGUGGAGCUCAAACUGCAGCCCUGUUCCAAGUUGGAAUGUCUGCUCUGCUGCCACCCCAGAUCUGGCCUUCAAAGCCUGUUCUUGCAACCAGCCCACUCUGGUUCACUUUGGGUUCUUGCUGCCCUCAGGGGCUGGGUGUGAUCACGUUGGUGGUUUAGGAAUGGCAUUCACUGAAACACUCCCAACUCACCCACUCCCCCUCCUCACCUCCUCUCCCCUGGGGUGGGAUGGAGAGGAGAACUGGAGGCACAAAAGGUGAAGAUCACUGGUAGAAGUAAAAGCGUUUUACUGGAAACAGCAGUGAGAUAAGGAACAGUAACAGUAAUAACAAAAGUGUACAGGAGAGGUCCUGGUCCUGCAGAAAUGAACCCUGUCCUGGCCAGAGCCAGGACAUCACUGUUACUCCAUCCCCAAGUGCUCUAUGGCAGAGGUCCUUGGCCUGGUGUGCCAAGAUGCCAGCAAGGCAGGGAUCCCCUGGAAAGGCAGGAGAGAGAAGGGAGAGCUGGGACUGCUGAGCUUGCCCUGCCUCUGGCAAGCAGGGGAGUGCCAAGGCAGCAGAGCAGGAACAGGGAUAGCUCUGUGCCCAUGGGAGUGGGCAAAGGAACCACAGCCCAGACAGAGCUGUGCUGCCAGGCUUUGCUUUUCAGCACUGCCUGCCUUUGAUGUGCAGGCUUUAGUGCUGGGAAAGAGUUCUGCCAGAGCAUUUGUGGGUGGGCAUUGCCAAGGAGAGGCCUAUCCCUGGGAGUGGGUGAGGGUGCCAGGGACCUUGGAGUAGAGUGGUUUCCAGUGACUCUGUGUUCCCAUUUAUUCCUGAAUCCUCUGAGGGGGAAAAACACAACAAUCAAAAGCUGAAGUCUUUGAGUGAUGACCUUGGUGAAUCAUGAGAAGUCCCUUUGGGAAGAGGAUGGAACUGUGUGUUCCUUCUGCUAUUUGGACAUUGGGCAUGGAUCCCCAUAUAAAAACCCAUCCAACUCCAUCUUCUGCUGAGCUGCCUGAAUCCCUUCAGGCAGGGGUGACAACUGGCCUGCCUGCAGUGCCUGUGCUUCCUGGCCCUCCCAGUUGUGCCCCUGUGUGUCACAGUGGCAGUGUCCCCCUCUCUGGGUGCUGCUUCGUGCCUGUGCUGCCCUCCCACCCUCAGCACAGGGCACUGGUUUUUCAUCUUGAGCAAACACCAUGGAGCGCGUGGGCACCCAGUGCCAGCUGCAGGGUGAGGCUGCAGGGGCUUUACCCUGACGAGUUGGGUGAGCAGGAGGGAAUUGUCCUCCUGCAGCACCCCUGGAAACUCCUCAGAGGGAGCAGUGUUCAGGCUUUGUCUCUCAUUCCCUGUCACUGGGGAGUUCCAAGGUCUCUCCCUAGCCUUGGUGCUGCCUCUGGCUGCAGUAGUAUGGGGGUGUUAGUGCUGCUUCCCUUGAAUUUAAGGCAAACUCCCCAAAAUACUCCUGAGGGAAAAGCCCUGGCUCAGCAGUGCCCUCAGAAUGGGGGGGUGUGCAGAGCAGUGGCUGGAAGGUGACUACAGGAAUUUGAAGCUUGCUUUGCUAAGUCUGAGGCUGGAAUCGAGGUUUGGGGCAUUAACAGGAUUUAUCCAAUAGGUUAGAAUGCCUGGGAAAAGGGGUGAGAUGUGGCAGUGUGUGUGUGAAGCAUGAAGGACCCAAACAGGUGCUGUAGGUGCAAAGGCUUCCACAAGGGCUGUGAGAGCACCCAGGGCCCAGCAGGGAGGGGAUCUUUGAGAGCAGAGCAUCCCUGAGGAGGCAAUUCCUUAACUGCAGGAUGUCAAGCAGCAUUCCUUGCAGCUAGGGCGGCUGUGCAGGCAGCAGCAGUCUGGUGCUACCCUAAGGUGAGCUGUCCAUGGAAAAACAGCAUUUGCUGAUUUGGAUAAACGAAUAAAAGCUGAGAAGCCUG